AUGGUUGAAGGCGAUGGUAACCUGCAUCGACUUGUCCUUCUCGUAGGAGUCGCUGUGGCCCAGCAACAUCACCUGCAGCACGCAGAGAUUGUUAUCACGGAUCAGCAAGCAGCCUGAGAGAGAAAAAACUAGAGAUCUCAAUGAGCGAGGAAGGCAGAUGGGGUUACCAACCUCGUUGUGGUGGGUAAAGUAGUUGUUGGAGAUGGUGACGGCAGUGGAGCCCAUGAUGGCGUCCACGAGGCCGUCAGCGCAGUUGGAGAGGGAAUUGUGGUCGACCCAGACGUGGCUGGAGCCGAAGAUGGAGAUGGCGUCUCCAUCGGCCAUGGUUCGCCACCCAUAG